UCCUUCAGGGGAAGUGGUGUGGCCACUGCUCCUGGAAGCCCAUUGACUGACUUCAGCUGCUUCAAUUGGCCACACUCUGCCUCUUCAGGAGGCCCUGGAGGUAUAAAUAAUAAAGCAAACCGGGCAGGUCCGUUUGGCCCUGUGGAUGGCGCCUGGACCCACUGAUAAUCCUCAAGGACAAUGAACCUCGUACUAGGCCUGGGCCUGUUUCUGGCAGGCCUCCUCACUGUGAAAGGUCUCCUGCAGGACAGAGAUGCUCCAGAUAUGUAUGAAUCUCCAGUCAGGAUCCAAGAGUGGAGGGGCAAGAAGGAUGCCUUGGAGCUUGCUCGGCACAACAUGGAAUUUGGCUUCAAGCUACUGCAAAGGCUGGCCAGCAACAGCCCUCAAGGGAAUGUCUUCUUUUCUCCACUAAGCAUCUCUACUGCCUUCUCCAUGCUGUCUCUGGGGGCCCAGGACUCCACACUGGAGGAAAUACGAGAAGGCUUCAACUUCAAAGAGAUGUCAGACAGGGACAUGCACAUGGGUUUCCACUACCUUCUCCACAAACUCAACCAGGAGACACAGGACAUAAAGAUGAGCUUAGGCAAUGCUUUAUUUAUGGACCAGAAGCUGAGGCCCCAACAGAGGUUCCUGAAACUGGCUAAGACUGUGUAUGAUGCGGAUAUGGUGCUCACUAACUUCCAGGACCUAGAAAAUACUCAGAAGGAGAUCAACAGAUACAUCAGUCGGAAAACCCACAGCAGAAUCAAAAACAUGGUCAAAAACAUAGACCCAGGCACGGUGAUGCUUCUCACGAACUAUAUUUAUUUUCGAGGCAGGUGGCAGUAUGAAUUCGACCCAAAACAAACCAAAGAGGAGGAGUUCUUCAUAGAGGAAGGCAAGGCCGUGAAGGUGCCCAUGAUGUUCCAAAGGGGCAUGUACGACAUGGCCUAUGACAGCCAGCUCUCCUGCACCAUCUUGGAAAUCCCCUACCGAGGAAACAUCACAACCACAUUUGUCCUUCCUGACGAGGGCAAACUGAAGCUGCUGGAACAGGGUUUGCAGGCAGACAUCUUUGCCAAGUGGAAAAGCCUUCUCUCAAAAAGAUUGGUGGAUGUAUGGGUGCCCAGGCUCCACAUCUCUGCUACAUACAACAUGAAGAAGGUUCUGUCCCGCCUGGGCAUCAGUAAAAUCUUUGAAGAGCAUGGUGACCUCACCCGGAUCUCGUCUCAUCGAAGUCUGAAGGUGGGAGAGGCUGUACACAAGGCUGAGCUGAAGAUGGAUGAGAAAGGCACAGAAGGGGCUGCAGGCUCUGGAGCCCAGACACUGCCCAUGGAGACCCCACGAAGGCUGAAGCUAAACAAACCCUUCCUGAUGAUGACGUAUGAGACUCUCAUGCCUUCCAUGAUCUUCUUGGCAAGGGUUUAUGACCCUAGUGGGAAAUAAAGGAGAAUCCCAUGGUGACCUCAGACCCACCCAUUUCCUAGGGCUGGAAGCAGUUCACCUGCUUGGCAUGGAGGAAGGCCUCAAGUGUACUCUAACCUAACCUUCUAGAGUCAUCACAGCCCAGCAGCCCAGCUGGCUCAAGGAACUUUGUGCUCUGUAUCCAUUUAUAACCCCUUCCCUAGCCAUCAGCAAUCCUGGACCAAAUGCCAACCUCUACCCGUAGUAUGUCCACAUCUUCUUUAUCCCAGCAGGCAGGGAGUGUUUGUGAUGUAAUAAACUCCACCGGACCCA